AUGGCAACAGGUACACCGGCAACAACAAAGAAAGGUGGAAGAGGCAAACCAAAAACCAAAUCUGUCUCAAGAUCAACCAAAGCCGGUCUCCAGUUCCCCGUCGGCCGUAUUGCUCGGUUCCUUAAAGCAGGUCGUUACGCUCAACGUGUUGGAUCUGGUUCACCAGUUUACCUCUCUGCCGUUCUUGAAUACCUUUGCGCUGAGGUUUUGGAACUUGCUGGUAACGCAGCUAGGGAUAACAAGAAGACGAGGAUUGUACCAAGACACAUUCAACUUGCUGUUAGGAAUGAUGAGGAGUUGAGCAAGUUGAUGGCAUCUGUUACUAUUGCUAAUGGAGGUGUUUUGCCUAAUAUUCAUCAGAAUUUGUUGCCUAAGAAAGUUGCUGGAAAAGGGAAAGAUCUGAUUGGUUCUGUUAGUCAGGAAUUUUAG